CUGGAGUCAUGCGUCACGCGGCUGCGCACCUCCUCCCAGCUGCCGUUGUUUCAUUUGCGCCAUUUUGUCCGCUCACUUUGUUGAUUGGGUUUUAGCGAGCUGUACUGGAGCCAAUCAGAGGGAAACCGGACAGUGAAGAUACGGAGGGCUGAGCAGAUUGAAGCAUGGAGCAGUACACCACUGCCACCACUACAGCUGGGGAGCAGAUCGUUGUGCAGGCUGCUAAUGGACAGAUCCAGCAGCAGACACAGGGCACAGUGACGGCUGUGCAGCUGCAAGCAGAGGCGCAAGGCCAGCAGGUGCAGACACUCCAGGUAGUGCAGGGACAGCCUCUAAUGGUACAGGUGAGCGGCGGACAGCUCAUCACAUCCUCAGGGCAGCCCAUCAUGGUGCAGGCCAUGUCAGGGGGUCAGGGUCAGACCAUAAUGCAGGUUCCUGUGUCUGGAGCUCAAGGUCUGCAGCAGAUCCAGCUGGUACAGCCUGGUCAGAUACAGCUGCAAGGCGGUCAGACUCUUCAGCUCCAGGGUCAGCAGGGUCAGCCUCAGCAAAUCAUCAUCCAGCAGCCCCAGACGGCCAUCACAGCCGGACAAAACCAGAGCCAGCAGAUCAGCGUGCAGGGGCAACAGGUGGCACAGACAGCAGACGGACAGACCAUCGUCUACCAGCCCGUCAAUGCAGAUGGUUCUGUUCUACAGCAGGGAAUGAUCACAAUCCCCGCUGCCAGCCUAGCAGGUGCCCAGAUAGUCCAAGCAGCAGGGGGCGCCAACACCAAUACUACCAACAGCGGCCAAGGCACUGUGACCGUCACCCUGCCUGUCUCCGGCAACAUGGUCAAUGCAGGUGGAAUGGUCAUGGUAAGGCCCAGUGCAGAGAUGGUGCCAGGAGGCGGCAGCGUUCCCACGAUGCAGCGCAUCCCCCUUCCAGGUGCAGAAAUGCUGGAGGAGGAGCCUCUGUACGUUAACGCCAAACAAUACCAUCGUAUUUUGAAGCGAAGACAAGCCCGGGCCAAGCUGGAGGCUGAGGGCAAGAUCCCCAAGGAGAGGAGGAAAUACCUACACGAGUCUCGCCAUCGUCAUGCUAUGCAGCGUAAGCGUGGAGACGGAGGGCGUUUCUUUUCCCCUAAAGAAAAAGAAGAGGCAGCUUUAGGCCUAUCACAAGAAAUAGCCCCCGCAGCCCCAGACGAGACAGUGACUCAGAUGAUCAGAGUGUCGUAGCAUUUACCCAAACACCGGGACCUGAGACUCUUCUUCCCAGCUAACCAUCUGAAAUGCUCUUCUUUAGUCCUCUCCACCUCAACACACACAGCAAAGCUUUCACUGUGGGCUUUUCUUUUAUCUUCAGCGGUCUUCCUGGGAGCUGGCUGUGUCACUGCUGAGCCAGGGGGGUUCUCUAGUCUUUCCAUUAAUGGAGGAUCUUAUCAUGUUCCCCGAAGCAAGAUUGGUUAUUGUUUUUACGAAAAGGAUCUCUUUUUGGCAACACAUCCCACAGAGGAAAAGACAGUCCUGAAGCCAUACUCUGUCAGAACUUUGGUCUGUUAAAAAGUUGCUUUUUUGUCAGACACUUUUCAGAUUUGUAUAAAUGGUACAAUUUCUUUUUUUUUCUGAAGCAUUUUUUAUUUUAUUCUCCCCUGCCAUUUUUUUUUAUUGUUUUCUUCUUUGUUUAAAGAAAAAUAACAAACUAUUUAAACCCAUGUACAUUUUGGACUUGUCUGGCUGCAUAGUACAUAGUACUGCAGAGAUGUGAUAGUAAUGUGAAGACGUAAAGAAGAACUUUUGUUCCCCUUGCAGGUUUUGUGGAUGCAUUGUAUUCAGUUUAUAUUUGCACGUAGGAUAUUGCUGGAAAAAAUAGUGUUUCUUUGUAUUACACACUUCAUUCAUGUAGAGUUGAGGAUUUUUUUUCUUUCUGUAAGUCCACCUAGGUGUUUUUUUUUUUUUUUCUUUGUAGAUAAAGAUUUUUAUCCAUCAGGAAGCAUCAAUGUUAAUAUUUUUUUAUAUAAUUGUGAAAAUGACAUUGUCUUCAUAAAAACCUGUCAAUUAAAAU